AUGCCGGCAGGAGCAGGACCAGGCGCGCCCCUCGAUAAGAGGACCACCGCCUACGAAAACAUCUUUGGCCGUCCAACAGCCAAACCAAAAGGCCCGCAGCCUCAAGCCUUUGGACAGCCUCACAAUCCCAACGCCGGCGUUUUCCGUGCUCCUCCCAAUUCGUACACCGUCAACCAACGAUGGAAUGGUGCACCUCCCGCCAACUAUGGCGCUGCGCCCUAUGCCUACAUGGACCCUUCUAUGGUGAUGGCUCAAAAUGGGUCAGCUCCAUCUGGUGCACCUUCCUACUACCAUUCCGCCUACGCAGCCGCACCACCUGACGCCUACGAUCCACACGCCGACCGAAGAAUCAGUACCGUACCUUCUCUUGCUGGCUCGGAUCCCAGAUCCUCCAUCUCGGGCUUUUCACAGUACAAUGGCCUUGCAGCCAGCGCAGCCGAUGCGUAUCGCGGGCCAUCCACGUCCACAACACCUGCUAGCGCCUACGCAAGUCACUAUCUCGACCAACAGCAAUUUAAGGGCGCAAAGCCAUCGUCCAACGGCGCCAACGGAUCCAGCAACGCGACGCCCGCCCACGUCGGCUACUCGAACCCCAACGCCGUGUCUCCUCGUGCUUCGGUCGUUCCCGACGCUGGCGCCGAUCUCACCUACGGCGUCGACCGGGUGACACUCGACUCAACCGACAGGCCACCACGCUUGCCCAGCUUCGAGGGCAGCAUGCCUAUCGAGCAGAACAGCUUCUGGUUUGGCGAAGGCGACUCCGCGCGCUCCCCCGCCAGCCCCUUGUCCGUUGCCAGUCGCAGACUCAGCAGCUUCGGAUCGCAGGGCCAAGCCGCCGCUCAGCUCGCUGUCACCUCGUCAUCCAGUGCCGCUUCACCACGCAUCGAUGCAGGCACGAGCUCAAUUGCCAACGCAGACUCCAACUCGGCGAGCGUCGAUGACAGGCAGCAGACCGCCUCACAAGAUCAGGAGGUGUACUCGACUGGCUUCUUCGAAAAUCUGCUCGGGACACGCUCGCCCGCUUCCUCGCUCUACGGCGAAGGGCGUCGAAGAGGCUCGGUUGAGUCGGACCGCCAAUCGAUUGUCAACUCGAUCUACGCGCUACCCGGCGCUCAGAACGCAUCUCGCGCUUUCUACGGAUCCACCACCACCUUGCCUCCAAAUGCCAGCGGCUAUUUUGCUGGAGGUGCAGCCCUCGGCGGUAUGACUCCAUACAACAUGUCGACGGCUGCCAAUUCCAGCGUUACUCCAGGCGCUUCCUGGGAUCGUCCUCCACGUACUCGCACCGCCUCGUCCGCAACACAGGCAGCCCAGGCCGCUUAUGCCCCAGGCUACGCCAACCACCACGGCGGUGCCCAAUCGCGGUGGGACGAACCUAGCGAGGCUUCGACCAUCGGCAGAGGUGACUACCGCUCCCUCUCCUUCGGGCAGGGUACAUCCCGCCCAUCCUUUGGCGGCCCGGUGUCCCCACACGGCAGCAUCGCCAGUGGGCGUUCGCCAGCUCCCAUCGCAAGUCGACGCGGCCCCCUUGUCUAUCCAGCCAUGCUCUCCAAAGUCGCGGAAGCCUUCCGUGCGAGGGUCAACCUCUCGGAGCGUACCAAGGAUGGCCUCACGUACAGUGAUGCCUUUGAUGGCCGCGAAGCCGUCGACAAGAUUGCCUUUAUCAUCAAGACUACCGACCGCAAUCUCGCCCUCCUGCUCGGUCGGGCGCUCGAUGCGCAAAAGUUUUUCCACGAUGUCACCUACGACCAUCGAUUGCGCGACUCUGCCUCCGAAAUUUAUCAGUUCAAGGUGCGCGUACCCACCUCUGGCUUUGGUGUAGAAGACGGCUUUGACGAGAGUCGCAGAUCCUCGGCCGUUGCAACUCCGUCGCGAGGAAAUUCCGGAUCGAGCCUUGGUCCAACUGCGUCCAUGACCUCCAUGACUUCCAGCAAGCAGACUGCACUCACCUCGCCCUCACCCUCUGCAACAACGCCGGCGACCUCGAUUUACAACGGCAUCCAGUCCGGAUCCGCCAUUGAAGACGAUGAUGAUGACGACGCGCUUCCCACCGGUGUCUUUACGCUGCUCACUGACUGUUACUCGCCCACCUGUUCGCGUGACCGUCUUUGCUACAGUAUCGCCUGCCCCAGGCGUCUCGAGCAACAGGCGCGACUCAACAUGAAGCCUCAGCCCGUCCUCCAGCGCAGCGUCAGCAGAGAGUCUCUCAAUGAUACCAAAGAGCGCGGUGCGCUCUGGGCUGAUUCCGUUUCCAAAGAGGUCUUUGACAGCCUCGACGAUAUGGAAAGGAAGAGACAAGAAGCCAUCAACGAGGUCAUCUACACUGAACGUGACUUUGUCGCCGACAUGGAGUACCUUCGUGAUCAGUGGGUGAAGCCACUUCGUACAUCGGACAUCAUUCCCGAAGACCACCGUGACGACUUUGUUACGCAGGUGUUUUGGAACGUGCUCGAGAUUCAUGCAGUCAAUGCCAAGCUCUCCGAGCUGCUCACCAAGCGCCAGAAGCAGGGCGACGUUGUCGACCGCAUCGGAGACAUUCUUCUCGAGAUGGUCCCGCACUUCCAGCCGUUUGUCAAGUACGGUUCGCACCAGCUCUACGGCAAGUACGAAUUCGAAAAGGAAAAGUCGUCCAAUGCCGCCUUUGCCAAAUUCGUAGACGAGACCGAACGUCUGCCGCAGUCCCGCAAACUCGAGUUGAACGGCUACCUCACCAAGCCAACCACGCGACUCGCACGAUACCCCUUGCUGCUCGAACAAGUCAACAAGUAUACCCCAGAAGACCACCCGGACAAGCAGACCAUUCCCAAGGUCAUCAAGAUCGUUAAAGAAUUCCUCACAAAGGUCAACAUCGAGACUGGAAAGAGCGAGAACCGCUUCACGCUCGCCCAACUCGAUCAGCAGCUCGUCUUUAAGCAAGGAGAGGCCGUCGACCUGCGUCUACGAGAUGAGCAGAGAGAGCUUGUCUUCAAAGGCCCGCUCAAGAAACGAGGCGGCACGCAGAGCGAAUCCGCUGAGCUCCAGGUUUUCCUCUUCGAUCAUGCGCUUCUCAUGGUCAAGCCCAAGACGGUCAACAAGCACGAGCUGUACAAGGUGUAUCGCAAGCCCAUCCCGCUCGAGCUCCUCAUUGUUACUGUAUACGACGAAGUUCCGACAGGAAAGGGCAGCUCGACCCGUCCCAAAUCGGUCAUGUCGCGCACCUCGACGGGCACUCGCUAUAGUGGCACACCGGGCACUGCACCCAAGCAGGAUGCCAAAACGGGAUACGCGCUCACCUUCACCUAUCUUGGCAAGAAGGGCUAUUCGAUGACGCUGUGGGCUAACACGUUUGUCAGCCGGAAGAAGUGGUUCGAGAACAUCGAGUCAAGGCAAGAGAUCCUGAGACAGCGCAGCAACAUCUUUGAUACCAUCACUCUGUCGGAGAACUUUUUCCUCGGUCCGAAUCGUGUAAACUGCUCCGUCCCCUUCGACUUUGGUCGCAGGAUUAUCUACGGCACCGACGACGGUGUCUAUCUGUCGGACCUGCGGGAAAAGGCUCGACCGCCCACCAAGGUGCUUCCGCUGCCCGGUGUCACCCAGGUCGAUGUGCUCGAAGAGUAUCAGAUCCUCAUCGUGCUUGCCGAAAAGUCGGUGCACACCUUCACUCUCGAUGCGCUGGACCCCUCCGAUCCGAUGGGCUCGCUCAAACGUGGUCGGCGCAUCUCGUCGCACACGUCGUUCUUCCGUGCAGGCAUCUGCUUGGGCCGAACGCUGGUAUGUGUCGUCAAGUCGAGCUCGCUCUCCUCGACGAUCAAGACGCUCGAGCCGAUCGAGCAGAACGUGCGCGGCAAGAAGCAGCCGACAUUCAAGAAGCUACUACAGGGAGGACAGGACACGCUGCGCGUGUUCAAAGAGUUCUACAUCCCCACCGAGUCGAGCUCGAUCCAUUUCCUCAAGACCAAGCUUUGUGUCGGCUGCACCAAAGGGUUCGAGAUUGUCGACCUCGAGACGCUCGAUACGCAAGGCUUGCUCGACCCAGCAGACACCUCUCUCGACUUUGUCCACCGCCGCGAAAACGUCAAGCCCAUUGCCAUCUACCGCAUUUCCGGCGUCUUCCUGCUAUGUUACGACGAGUUUGCUUUUUACGUCAACAAGAAUGGCUGGCGAGCCAAAGGUAACUGGAUCAUUCACUGGGAGGGCAACCCGACGUCGUUUGCCUACCACCAUCCGUACGUGCUUGCGUUCGAACCGAGCUUUGUCGAGGUGCGACAUGUCGAGACUGGUGCGCUCCACCAGGUCAUCACCGGUGUCAACCUGCGAUGUCUCUUUGCCGAUGUCCCGCCACCCACGCCGAGUGUGCAGCAGCAGAAUGCACAGGCUGUGGCAGCGAUGCGCGCCAAUUCGUUCAAUGCGGCCAUCAUGGGUCCGUACGGUCGGCCCAUGGCACCGAUGCAAAACGGCAUAGGCGCUCCGAUGGCGUCUUUCCAGGGUGCAAGGCCUGGCUUUGUGCCUCCGCACGCUGCCAAUGGAGCCAUGGUGCCUGGAGCGCCUGGCGUCGCUGGCUACGGGACGGGUCUUCGACCAGGAGCACCUCCGCCGAUGCGUCCGGGUGCAGCAGCGCCGUUUGCCGGCCCUCCAGGCUCACCGAUGGUGCAUCCGUCCGCAGCAGCACCCGGAGCGCCCUUCCCACCCGUCGCGAGGCCACAGAUGCCAUACGCUUUCGGUCAGGCGUCGACACCCCGUCCUCCACCGCCCGUGCAGCGCAACCCGGUAUGGGAGUCUGUCGCCGCCAGUCGCAACCAGAUUGUGUUUAUCGGCGACACGACAGUGUUCUGUGUUCGUCUGCAUACGGACAAGGACUCCAGUGGCGGGUCCGUCUCGUCGUCCAAUUGA